AUGGCUCCCAAACAUGGUCUGCCAGCAGAAGAGGGGCUUGCCAAACGGGCAAAGAAUUCUACUACAUCUCGCUCUGCGACUCCCGCCGACACGAGUGCCAAAGUCCCCUUCAAGGUCGAAUACCCUAUCAUGAACAGCGCCGGCACACUCAGCCCAAAGCAACAAGCACUUGCGGAAAUUGCUGAGUUGCAAAUCAGCCCAUUCGUAGCAAAGGGUGCCCGGGUAGAGGGAGAGUUGGAUCAGUACUAUGCAGUUACGCCAAAUCAGGAAUGGGACAGCAUGAAAAAGUACAACAAUUUCAUCAUCCAAGGAGAGGUCUAUAAGAACAACCAGUUCGUAUUUGUAAGGGGUGAGGACACACCACCGGAUAAGGAUAAUACAGAGGGAAGGCCCAAAGACUUUUGGGUUGCGAGGAUCUUGCAAGUUAGGGCCAAAAAUGCCCAACAUGUUUAUGCGCUGAUUACUUGGAUGUACUGGGCUGAAGAAAUUCCCGCGCCUCCUGUCAAAGCCGCAGAUCAAGUCAGCAAAGACUCAGGAAGGCGCACUUACCAUGGAAGCCACGAGUUGAUUGCGUCAAACUAUAUGGAGGUUCUAGAUGUUCUCUCAUUCGCCGGCAAAGCUGAUGUGUAUCACUGGCCUGAGGAGGAUGACAAUGUGCAAUCGAAGUUAUUUUGGCGGCAGACAUACAACAGGAAAAACCAAGAGCUUUCGCAAUUGCGGCAACAUUGUCUCUGCGGUGGCUAUUUCAACCCCGAAGUUACCAUGUAUAUCUGCGACAAUCCAGCCUGCAAAGUCUGGUUCCAUGAGAAUCAUUUAAUUGACGAUUACCUUGUCAAAACAUACAAGCGCGUUGUUGGAGAAGGCACCAACGGCGUUGCAAAAUCAACGAACAAGAAAGCGAAAAAUCCAAUAUAUAAAGGAACUUUGAAAGCAAUGAUUCAGGAAGACAGUGAUGGCAUCCCAAUGAUUGCUGUAACAGAUCUGCGGCCUGGUGCAGAUCCAGAGACAUGGAAGGAGCGGAUCCUAUGUCCAAAAUGCGACACACCUUUUGAAUAA